CUACUCUAUUUAUACAAAAGGAAAGACUCACAUAUGAGCUUCUUGGUUUGUGAGAAAGACAUAAAAAAGAUUAUCUCUUUAUCUAGUAAUAACUAGGAAUGGUGCUUCUGAUGAAAGUGUGGUAAUUGUAAAUAGAGUUGUUGGUGGUUUCUGCAGGCUAUUGAUGAGGUGUUGCAAGUUGUUGUUGUGGCAGACUAUUGAUGGAGCAACAUGCCAUGUUGCUGGAAUGGUCAUCAUCUUCAACAAUGCUGGCUCCUCGCCAAGGAUUCGUAGGCGACCAGGUUUUUCAUUAGCACUUCGCAGUUGGGUUUGAUUGUGAACGCCACGAGGCAGAGUGUUG